AUUUAAAAAUAUUUUGUAAAAGCCCUCUAAUAAAUCCACUUUGUCACCUUUGAAACGUUUUAGGAUUUUAUGACAUGACUGAUCCAUUACCUAUAAAAUUUCAGGAGCAUCUCCAAUUGCAAAACAUUGGAAUAGCUCCUACGAAUAUCGGAUUUACUACUGUAACGUUAGAGAGUGAUAAAUAUAUUUGUGUAAGAGAAAAGCUUGAUGAAAAGGUUCAAGUUGUUAUAAUUGAUAUGGCUAACCCAAAUAAUCCUAUAAGGAGAUUUAUAUCAGGGGACUCUACAAUUAUGAAUCCGAAUAGUAAAGUUCUAGCUUUGAAGGCUAAUAAGACUCUUCAAAUAUUCAAUAUUGAAAUGAAAUCUAAAAUGAAAUCAUAUGCAAUGGCAGAAGAUGUUGUGUUUUGGAAAUGGAUAUCAGUAAAUACUAUUGGCCUUGUAACUGAAACUGCUGUUUAUCACUGGUCAAUGGAAGGAGAGACAAAUCCUAUAAAAAUGUUUGAUCGUAAUAAAGAUAUGGAUUGCCAAAUUAUCAAUUAUAGAGCUGAUGCCAAACUUCAAUGGCUCUUACUUAUAGGAAUAUCUGCUCAAAAUAAUAGAGUGACAGGUAUGAUGCAACUUUAUUCAAUUGAGCAAAAAAGAUCUCAAAAGAUAGAGGGCCAUGCAGCUGCAUUUGCAACUUUUAGAUAUGAUGAGAAUAAUCCUGAGCCAUCUAAUCUAUUCACUUUUGCAGUUAGGAAUGGAGUGACUGGCAAACUUCAUAUCAUUGAGCUAGGAUCACCACCAACUGGCAAUGAACCAUAUCCAAAGAAAAAUGUGGAGGUAUUUUUUCCCCCAGAAGCUCAAAAUGAUUUUCCAGUAGCUAUGCAGGUAAGCAAUAAAUAUGGGAUUAUAUACUUAAUUACAAAAUAUGGCUAUAUUCAUAUAUAUGAUAUUGAUACUGCAGCCUGCAUAUACAUGAACAGGAUAAGUAGUGAAACUAUAUUUGUAACAGCAUUAUAUGAACCAUCAGAUGGAAUUAUGGGCAUUAAUAGAAAGGGUCAGGUUUUAUCAGUUAGUAUAGAUGAAGAAACAAUUAUCCCCUACAUUAUAAAGGUGUUAAAAAAUUAUGAUUUAGCUUUUAAAUUAGCUAAAAGAAACAACUUACCUGGGGCAGAUGAUAUAUUUGUUCAAAAAUUUGAGGAUGCUUUCAAACAAGGCAAUUACACUGAGUCUGCUAUUAUUUCAGCUAGUGCACCUAGAGGGAUCUUGAGGACACCACAAACUAUUCAAAGAUUUCAACAACUUCCUACCCAACCUAACCAAACUGCCCCAUUGUUGGUGUAUUUUGGGACCCUGCUUGAUAAAUUUAAGCUAAAUAAAUUUGAAUCUAUGGAGCUAUGCAGACCUGUACUUCAGCAGGGCAGAAAACAAUUAGUUGAAAAAUGGAUAAAAGAAGACAAAUUGGAAUGCAGUGAAGAAUUAGGGGAUUUUGUUAAAACCUAUGAUCCAACUCUUGCAUUAUCUAUAUAUCUAAGAGCAAAUGUACCAGCUAAAGUUAUAUUAUGUUUUGUUGAAGCUGGAGAGUUUCAAAAAAUUAUAUUAUACAGUCAAAAAGUCAAUUACACUCCAGAUUACAUAUCAAUACUUAGAAAUAUUGUCAAAAAUAAUCCUGACCAGGCUUUACAAUUUUCUCAAAUGUUGAUUAAAGAUGAUAAAAAUUUAUUGGCAGAUAUUAAUCAGAUAGUUGAUGUUUUUAUGGAACAAAAUAUGAUUCAACAAUGCACAGCUUUCUUAUUGGAUGCUUUAAAAGGUGACAAACCAGAAGAAGCACAUUUGCAAACCAGGCUCCUAGAAAUGAAUCUCUUAUCAGCACCGCAAGUGGCGGAUGCUAUAUUGGGUAAUCAAAUGUUCACUCACUAUGAUAGAGCUCACAUAGCGCAACUCUGCGAGAAGGCCGGAUUGCUCCAAAGAGCCCUAGAGCAUUACACUGAUUUAUACGAUAUAAAACGAGCCGUUGUUCACACUCAUUUAUUGAAUCCAGACUGGUUAGUUAAUUACUUUGGUUCCCUAUCGGUGGAAGAUUCAUUGGAUUGUUUAAAAGCUAUGCUUGCAGCCAAUAUUCGACAAAAUUUGCAAAUAUGUGUUCAAAUAGCUACAAAAUAUCAUGAACAACUAACCACUACUGCCUUGAUUGAUUUAUUUGAAUCCUUUAAAAGUUACGAAGGCCUUUUUUACUUUCUUGGAUCAAUUGUUAAUUUAAGUCAAGACCCCGAAGUUCACUUCAAAUAUAUACAAUCGGCCUGUAAAACUGGGCAGAUCAAAGAGGUCGAAAGAAUAUGUAGAGAGAGCAAUUGUUACGACCCAGACAGGGUCAAAAAUUUUCUCAAAGAGGCUAAGCUUACUGAUCAACUACCUCUUAUUAUUGUUUGUGAUCGAUUCGAUUUUGUUCAUGAUUUGGUUUUGUAUUUGUACAGAAAUAAUUUGCAAAAAUACAUCGAAAUUUACGUUCAAAAGGUUAACCCUUCAAGGCUACCCGUCGUUGUCGGAGGUUUACUAGAUGUUGAUUGUUCUGAAGAUAUAAUAAAAAAUUUAAUCAUGGUUGUUAGAGGUCAAUUUUCAACUGACGAGUUAGUGGAAGAAGUAGAAAAACGCAAUAGAUUAAAAUUACUACUACCAUGGCUCGAGACUAGGGUUCACGAUGGCGUAAACGAAUCUGCUACACACAACGCCCUUGCUAAGAUAUAUAUAGAUAGUAACAAUAACCCCGAAAGAUUUUUAAAGGAAAAUCAAUUUUAUGAUAGCAAAGUUGUGGGUAAAUAUUGCGAAAAGCGGGAUCCACAUUUAGCUUGCAUAGCUUACGAAAGAGGCCAUUGCGAUCUUGAAUUGAUUCAGGUGUGCAACGAAAAUUCAUUAUUUAAAAGUGAAUCGAGGUACCUAGUCCAAAGAAAAGAUCCGGGAUUAUGGACCUCAGUUUUGAACGAGAACAACGUUUACAGAAGGCAACUUAUAGAUCAAGUGGUCCAAACUGCUUUAUCUGAGACCCAGGAUCCUGAAGAUAUAUCCGUUACAGUUAAAGCGUUUAUGUCCGCCGACUUACCGAAUGAGUUGAUUGAAUUACUCGAAAAGAUUGUGUUGGAUAGUUCAGUUUUCAGUUCACACAGAAAUUUGCAAAAUUUGUUGAUUCUCACUGCCAUAAAGGCUGAUACGCCUCGUGUUAUGGAUUAUAUAAAUAGGUUGGACAAUUACGACGCUCCUGAUAUAGCCAAUAUAGCCGUCAAUAAUCACCUCUACGAAGAAGCCUUUGCUAUUUAUAAAAAAUUUGACGUUAACACUGCUGCCAUACAAGUUCUGAUUGAUAACUUACACAAUCUUGAUCGAGCCUACGAAUUUGCCGAAAGAUGCAAUGAACCUGCUGUUUGGAGUCUGUUGGCGAAGUCUUACAUUCAAAAUAAUAUGGUCAAAGAAGCAGUAGACUCCUACAUUAAAGCCGAAGACCCAUCGAAUUAUCUAGAGGUUGUCGAUAUCGCAUCUAAAAAUGAAAAAUGGGAGGAUAUUGUACGCUAUUUGCAAAUGGCAAGGAAAAAAUCACGAGAAAGUUUUAUCGAAACGGAAUUAGUAUACGCCUACGCCAAAACAAAUCGUUUGACUGAUAUGGAGGAAUUUAUAUCUGGGCCAAAUCAUGCCCAAAUUCAACAGAUUGGAGAUCGAUGUUUCCAGAACAAAAUGUACGAAGCAUCAAAACUUUUAUUCAAUAAUGUAUCGAAUUUUGCGAAAUUAGCUAUUACUUUGGUUCAUCUGGGCGAAUAUCAAGGGGCAGUCGAUAGUGCCAGAAAAGCUACAAGCACUAAAACAUGGAAAGAAGUGUGCUUUGCAUGUGUAGAUAAUAAAGAAUUUAGAUUAGCUCAAGUUUGUGGUAUGCACAUUGUUGUUCAUGCCGACGAGCUAGAAGACCUAAUUAAUUAUUAUCAAGAUAAGGGUUAUUUUGAAGAACUUAUACAAUUGCUGGAAGCUGCAUUAGGGUUAGAAAGGGCUCAUAUGGGUAUGUUUACUGAAUUAGCCAUUUUGUACUCAAAGUAUAAACCGAAAAAGAUGAGAGAGUUUUUAGAAUUAUUUUGGUCGCGUGUCAAUAUUCCCAAAGUUUUAAGAGCGGCAGAUCGCGCUCACUUAUGGGCAGAAUUGGUGUUUUUAUAUGAUAAAUACGAGGAAUAUGACAAUGCUGUGACUACCAUGAUCGCUCACCCUACUGAUGCAUGGAGAGAAAAUCAUUUUAAAGAUAUUAUUCCGAAAGUUGCCAACAUUGAAUUGUAUUACCAAGCACUCCAAUUCUACCUGGAUUACAAACCAAUGCUAAUUAACGAUCUACUAACUGUUCUUUCACCAAGACUCGAUCACACGCGGUUCGUUAAUAUGUUUAUCAAGAGUAAGCACAUCGCACUAGUUAAACCCUACCUGAGAUCUGUACAAAACUUAAACAAUAAAGCCAUCAAUGAGGCCCUUAACAAUUUGCUUAUUGAAGAGGAAGAUUACAAUGGACUAAAAGCGUCCAUCGAGACUCAUCAAAAUUUUGACAAUAUAGCCCUCGCCCAAGCUCUCGAAAGACACGAACUUGUUGAAUUUCGAAGAAUUGCCGCCUACCUCUUCAAAGGCAAUAAUAGAUGGAAACAAUCGGUUGAGUUGUGUAAAAAGGAUAAGUUAUACAAGGAUGCCAUGGAAUAUGCUGCUGAGUCUCGAGACAGAGAUAUUGCGGAAGAAUUAUUAGAAUGGUUUUUGAAUGAAAAACGUUUUGAAUGCUUUUCAGCGUCUCUUUACCAUUGUUACGAUCUGUUGAGACCCGAUGUUAUAUUGGAAUUAGCUUGGAGACAUAACAUUAUGGAUUUUGCUAUGCCAUACAUGAUUCAAAUUUUACGGGAAUGCACUAUAAAGAUUGACAAAUUGCAAGAAUCCGAGGAAACCCGUAAAGAUAUGAAAGCUGAAAAUAUUGUAUUAGAACAACCUAGAUUAAUGUUAACUGCAGGUCCAAUCGUACCACCCAUAUACAACUCGGUUACACAAUUUAAUCAGGGCGCACCACCUUAUGUAAAUCAACCGACUCCAUUUUCAUAUGGAAUUCCUCAUAAUUAAUAUACUUUUAUUUUUUUAUGUAUCCCCUUUUCAUAAUCUUUUAAAAACAUAUUUUUAUAUUUAUUCAUAUUUUUUAUCACUUUUUUGAUAAUACUAAUAUUACUUAAUAUAUUUUUUUAAAAUUAUUUGUUAUGAAUGUUGUAAGAUGUAAUUUUAAAAUUUUUACAGAUAAUUCUUUUUGUGAUACCAUUGGGUUAUGAAAACAAUAUAAUUUUCGAU